CACAUAUCUCUGUCCUCCCUGGGCGAGACGUGUGCUUCCUACAUCGACCACGUCGCCACCAAUCUGUCUCCUUCGCUCCAGACUUUACACCAUCAACUCACCACCACUCUUUCGUCAGCUCGAGCCUCGUCUCCCUCGCGUUUUCUCACGCCUUGGCCGGAGUUGAACACGGAUCACACAGCUAGCGAUUAUACGACCUCGAUCGCCUACACUCUCCUCGCGUGUGCGAUCGCAAUCAUCGUCAUGUCUUCCUGGCGCAGUCCCUUCACCUUCUGGCGCCGUUCCCCCAACUACACUAACGUUCAAAACCCGCCCCAUGUAACCGACAAUGAUUUCAGCUACAUCACGACGGACGAGCUCGUCAACCCAAUCCGACAUGGACACCAGUACCCCGGUGCCGAUGAUGCUGAGCCCGAUACCAUCCUUUUGAAGCACCGCAAGAACACCUACGACCUGCACUUCCCUGCUUACUCCAUCAACGAGGGCGCCCUCAGUGUGGGCCAGCUGAGACAACGGGCUGCAGAGGUGACGCACACGCCUGACCCGAAGCGGAUCCGAUUACUGUACAAAGGAAAACUGUUGGACGACGAUUCAUUGCCCUGCCGGGCGGAGGGACUCAAACAGCAGUCAGAGGUCUUGUGCGUGGUCUCGGAAGUGCAGCCCGGGGAGAGCUCUCCAAGUGAGACGUCCGAGGUGGAGGUUGAGCUUCCUCCGCGCCAGGACGAACCCCCUCGCAAGCGAUCGGGCAAGAAUAAAAAGCGCGGGAAGAAGGGCAAGAAGACGGGCCCCGGUGGCGCAGCAGUCGACCCGGCCACUCUGGCACCCCCGGCGCAAGCGGCGCGACCAUCCCCCUCGCCCGGGCGUUCAGCCAUGCCGUCACCUGCACCUAGCCUCAACUCCUUCCGCACUCCGGUGGAUCAAGCCAACGGCCUCUUGUCAUAUCUUCAUCGGGAAUUGCUCCCACUCUGUGAAGAGUAUUUCGCCGAUCCCCCGACAGAUCCGAAAGCGCGCGAUUUCGAGCAUAAGAAGCUCAGCGAAACUAUUCUCGCCCAGGUCAUCCUGAAGGCAGAUGGCAUCGAGAUCACGAAUGACGAGGAUCGCGCUGCUCGUCGCGCUUUGGUCAAGGAGGCACAGGGCUUACUGGUCAAGCUUGAUCAGGCACUUAAG